AGUACUCGAGUUUGAGAAAGCACAUUUGUAACUUGUGUGUCUGUUUAAAUGAUUAUUAUUUUGGCAUGAGCUGGUAGCAAAUAUACAUUAGAACUGCUUUUUACUGUUGUCACGUUACAUAAGGAAGGAUUUCGAGAGGAAUAUAGGGCUCGAAUUAAUUUAUCACUAAAUAGACAAUUUAUUAUUGCGAGCAAUAUGGACAUUUUUGGCCGAGAUAAGUCACCGAUGAACACCACCAUUCCGACUGAAAACUGGACAUUUGUAUACUCUAUAGUUCGAUGUAUUCAAAUGACAAUGGCCGUCCUGAGCAUUGUAGGUGCUGGCUCCAUAAUUGGAUAUGCCAUUUAUACAAGACUAGUAAAAAAACCAGAGGUGCUGCCGUUAUUCUUGUUGAGUUUAACAGAUCUGCUGUUAGCUUUGAGUUGGAUGGUUGGUGGUCUUCUCUUCACCCAGAACUGCACCUCUUACGACGUCUGCUACAACCUCCACAUAGUGGAACAGACUCUUUAUAUGGCCUCCUUCUUUUACACGCUGCACUAUGUUUGGGUGCUUUACGCCGGGCUGAGCAGAAAGUAUCACAGGAGACUGAAUGGGCUCCCAGCCGAGAAUCCAGCAAGAGCAAGAAAUUGCAGAUGUCUGGCCCCAGUACUGUCGUGUGUUUUGCCUUUAAUACUCACGGCGCCCGUCUUCGUGGCAGGAAAUGUGUUUCGUUGUUACACAAACUUCACCCAGCCAUACAGAUGUUUGCUGAUGCACACAGGGGCUGUUUAUCUGACCUCAUAUGUGACGAUGGAAGCCACAGCAUGUGUUGCCAUUCAAAACUAUUGCAUGGUCAUUUUCCUCGCCACCUUCCUCUUCACCUUCAUCGGCAUCACGAUUCUGAUGUGUAAAGCUCGCUCGCUGUACAAGCGCGUCGUCACGUCUCAGGGGUUCUUCGGUGACCAUCACUGGGCAACUCUGCGGCUCCUGGAGCGACGGAUGCUGCUUUAUCCCUCCGCUUUCUUCUUCUGCUGGGGACCGGCAAUAUUACUGGCCGCUCUGAUGAUGGCGAAACCGGACAUAAUCGAGGGAAGGAUGGGAGUCGUUCUCUACAUCCUACAGGCGUUGACCUCUGCAUCUCAGGGUCUGCUGAACUGCCUGGUGUACGGCUGGACUCAACGACACUUCCGCUCUCUGAGCAGCAGCACCGUACGAGACGCCAACACACAGACUCCUCUGCUACGCUCACAGAAACCAAACUACGCCGCUCUGCGUUCGGCUGCGUCACUCACUAACUUUGUCUGACACACACACUCAUGUAGUUCUAUUCAUGGGGCUGAUGCUUUAAAUCAGUGCAUUCAAGAUUUUACCAGUGUGUGCAGUCGAACCCAUGAGAUACUGGAGUCACACACACACACACUGCUGUGUCAUGAAGACUGAAACCAGCUAAACAUCAGUGUGGUCCUUCAUGCGUGAACCUGGACAGCUGAAGUCUCGAUGUUUUAUCACCGACACCAGAUGGCUGAUAUCGAUGCUCACUCGCUCACUCUCUCACUCACACGCUGAAACUUCUUUUCUACCUUAGUUUUUGUCAUGAGAUUUCAGAAGCUGCACCUGCCGAGGAAUCAACUGUUUCAUCAUCCAGUGUUUGCUUUUGCAUUGACGUGCUGAAAGGUUUCAGAUCACGGCGCACUAGUGACAUGUAAAAAAGGGAAAGACCGAAGGGGGAAUACGAGCAUGGGAAAUAGCUCUGAAACAGGAUCUGAGAGGACGAAGCUACUGCUUUCCAUUCAGAACACAAUGCGUUGAAUCCACCCUCACACACUGGCUGGUGAUGCUGGGGUCAAUUACACACGCAUGUAAUUUCCUCUUGAUAAACAAUGUACAAAAAAAAAGCUAUGCUCAAUGGCUAUUGUUAUUGAUGAAAUCAUUUGCAUCUAUUAGUUGCACUGAACCAUGCGAAUAAGCUUUUUGCUUUAGAUGGAAAUGGAAAACUUGAAAAUAUUUGGGAAAUAUAUUGAUAUUGUGACUUUAAGGCUUGGAAAAGUAAAUAAACUCUUCGUUCCAAACCAAUAAUCAUAAAUUAAGAUAUUUUUUAAUGAAAUCUGAGCCAUUUCUGUCCCUCUAUUGAAAGUCCAUGCAACCAAAACUUUGAUAAAUGGGGUUAAAUGUGGUUUAAUCAAAGACUUCUAGAGAGAAACGAUCGCUUUAUAUCAAAAAGCAGAUUUAAUGGAGGUUUUUAAGAUUUGAUCAAAUAUGGUCUGAUAAAAAAUAUGUAGAUUUUUGUUUUGAAGAUGAAGGAUAGUCUUAUGGAUUGUGGGUGAAUUAGUGUAAAGUCAUGGGAAUUUCUGUGGUUGGUAACAUUUUCCAGUUAUGCUCUGGUAUAAAAUAUUUUAUUGACUAGAAAUGGGUUUUAUACAAUUUUAGGUUGCACAGUACAUGCACUUACCCACAAAUGUACUGAGUAAUGUACGGUACAGUAACUACAUGGGUACCUAGUUAUUAAUUACUAUAAUAACCAUAGUAUGUUCAUGCGAAACAGAGUGCUACCCAAUUUUAAGUCCUUGUUCAGUAAUUAAAGCUG